GGGCUCACAUCGAACUCGACUCGGUAUGCUAUCGACUGGAGGUGGGAGGCUCGCUCGAGCUCGGCUCAUUGGCAGCCAUCCCCCUCAAGGCUUGUCUCUGCUUCCCCCCCCCCCCCCCCCCCUCCCCUUCCCCUCCUCUCCGACUCUCUCUCCUCGCUUGGUCUUCCUUCCCUGGCGGCGACGACUGGGCGACCGACGGCGUCAUUCCUCACGUCGUCGCCCAGCCCUUUGCCGGCGACGAGCGUCCGCCAGGAAUGCUCCGUGUGCACCUUUGUGAUACUCUGAGGCAUUAGCUAGUAACUCUAGUAAUGGCUGAGUGCUCCUUGGCGGCACUGAGAGGAGGUCAGUGCCAAGGGAGGUGGACCAAGUCCAACAGCAAGCUCUACCCAAGGAGUGCUUCGAUUGGGACGCCAAAGAGGAACAACACCCACAACAUUCACCUUCCGUUCCAGUCCAAUGCACCAAGAGAAUGGAAAAGUUCUGCAUCUUCUCAUCUUCAUUUUCAUGGCAGGGGCCACAGGGUGGAAACUCUAGUGAAAUGUUUUCGCUUGCAGUCGCUAAUGGAUUCUGAGAGCAUGGUUUCACCAAGUUUAAUGCUGAUUUCGGAUGAAGCUCUUCUCACUAUCAGCAUGCUUUUUGCGUAUUUGGUUGGAGUUGUACCUUCUGGGCAGACAUCUUCUCGUGCCAGAAAUCAGGGUAUUAAUCAACAAAUUACAGAGCCAAGCUCCUCUGAUUCUGGUAGGGACCUAAAAUUCUUGCCUGAAAGGAAUGCUGGGCUUGACCCCAAGCAUAUGUGGAGUGAAGUGAGAGCUAAACUUUCCGAUGCUUUACAAGCAAAUGUUCAAGAUGCCAGUUUGGACAGCAGAGAGGAUGAAUUCAGGAGUGAGAGAAAAAUCUAUCCUUUGAGUAUGCUUGCCAUUCAUGGUGGUCCCAGGUUGCGGCUUCUUCUGAUCACAUUUCAGCUCCUGGAAAUGGAGGUAAGAAAUAUCUCAGUAAGUUCCGAACUUGUCGAUGAAAUCAGGUGGUUGCAAGUAUCAACUACUUUGAUAGAUGGUUUGAUUCAACCAGUAUUUGUCAAAUGGAUUGAAGAAGAACAGGCCUUGGAAAAUGGCCAAAUCAACGAAAAACUUAUGAAGAUGAUAAGCAGCAAAGUAAAGGAGGAUGAUAGUACCUUCAAGAGGUUUAACAAAUUUGGGAAAUCUGAACUCUAUUUGGAUCUGCUCUUUUUCCUAAGAUUUGGUUCUGCCAGGUCUGACAGCUAUUUUGAUGCUAAAUUUCUUGCUGAACAUGGAGCACGAAUUUUGGAGGACCUGGUUAUUUCCUUAGCUGAUGUGAUUGCUAGUAUUUAUCUGGAGCUUAUGUCCGUUGAUGGUGAUAUGUCUACUGAAGUUGUCAGUGCCAGCUUAGCUCUAUGUUCUCUGUCCACCAGAGAGCUUCAAAAUCUGCGCAAUGAGGUGGCAAUUAAUUGGUGGUUGCACCAAUACUUCGAUUCAGUUGUUUCAAUGUACGAGGACAGGUUUGAGCUAUACAUUCUAUGCAGAAAAAAAUGUGAAAAACCAGCAGAUAAUCAAGCUGAGAGGACAAAUUGGUGGAAGCUUGCAUUUGGAAACCCCAGUGUGCCUGCUCUUCUGGACUAUGUUAACAUCAGCCAAUUUUCCCUUCCAGCAAGAAGGACAAAGGAAUUAAGGGCUUUGACUGGCUGGAGGUACUACUUCAGCCUGUUCUUAGAGCUGUCAGAUAUUGCCAUGCCCUUCAUAAAGGCUGCUGUCAGUAAAGUGAGCGCUGCAGUGUCCUACUUCUGGGUGUCCAUGAUUGGAAGAUCACUGGGACUGAUUUUCUCAGGGAUUAGACAGUCACUCGGCUGGAGAUGAGUGUGUACUAGUUUUCACUCUGCUGGUACUGAAUGAUUGACUGUUGACUCCUGUAAUCUCUUAUUCAGUUUGUUGACUGUUAGACUGCACUGGAUAUAUUUAUCGCCCUGAGAAGGCCAUCAUCUUUUGCUUUGUUUUCAUGUGUUUUGAUUGUAAGAAAGUCUAUUGAUUUCCUCAAAGAUUGAACAGUGAUACGGAAAUCUGAGAAUUAGUGGAAUUAUGGGAUCCUUUGAAAUCUUA